AUGAUAGAGAAACCCAUUACCCAAAUCCUGAGAGAGUAUCAAAGAAUCAUAACUAUUUCUUAAAUAACGUUGAAAGGAAAUCAAUAAUACAAGAAUUAAAAAAAUACCAUUUGGUUCAAAUGCAUACUGGAGUAGUAUGAGUAGUUUUAUUCUUAGAUAAGGCAAGGAACAAGAGAAUACCCAUAUGGAAGAAUAGAGCGAUUCAGUUACAUCUUUAAUAAAGCUUUCUAGGUCCUAAAAGAAAAAAUUUAAUUCAAGAAUCUCAUUUAGUUUCUGA